CCAUGGUUCAUCCACUUAUUUUUCCUCCAAAGCCAAGUGCUACUGCUACCAAUACUCCAAAGUCCAAAAUCCAAAGCCAAGAAGGAAUUCUAGUUUGGGUAAAAGGUAAAGGUUUGUAUUCUUUCUUAUAUUUUCUUUGAUGACAAGUAUGGGUAUAAUCAAGCUAGAAUUCCUUCUUGUUCCAGUUUGUGCGUUUCUCUUGUAUCUCCUCUUCCUUCUCAUCAAAUUCAUUCACAAAGUAUGGUGGAACCCAAUCUACAUAACAAAAUUCUUAGCUUCACAAGGAAUCAAUGGCCCUCGGUACAAAUUACUUCAUGGAAAUGCCAAAGAAAUCCUCAAGAUGGCGAAUGAAUCCAAAAGCAAACCCAUGGAAGAAUUAUCUCAUCAGAUCUUUCCUUAUCUUCAACCUUUCCGAUACGCAUGUAUCAAAACUUAUGGUAAGAUUCAUCUUUCCUGGAUUGGUCCAAGACCUCAAUUAUUUGUAUCCGAAGUAGAAUUGAUCAAGGAGAUAAUGAAUGACAAAGAUGGAGUAUACCCUAAAACCAAGUCUGAAGGGUACUUCAAGAAGUUGCUAGGAGAUGGACUUGUGUCAGCCCAGGGGAAUAAAUGGAUCAAACAACGGAAACAAGCUAAUCAUGCAUUUCAUGCCGAAAGCUUAAAGGGAAUGGUUCCAUCUGUGAUUGCUGCUGUUGAGACUAUGGUAGAGAAAUGGAAAAUGUAUGAAGGGAAAGAGAUAGAAGUCUUUGAGGAAUUUAGGAUUUUAACAUCGGAGGUCAUUUCAAGAACUGCUUUCGGAAGUAGUUAUGCUGAAGGGAAAAACGUUUUCGAGAUGAUGAUGAAAUUGGGUUCAAUUGUGUCUGCAAGUUUUCUAAAGAUAAGGCUUCCUGGUAUAGGAAAACUUAUGCCAAAUCAAGACGAUAUUGAAUCAGACAGACUUGAACAAGAAAUACGAAAAUCCAUUUUAGGAUUGGUACAGAAAAGAGAAGAAACGAGGAGAAAUGGAGGAUACGGGAGCGACUAUCUUGGAAUGUUAAUGAAAGCAACUCAUGAAGCUGAUGAAAAGAAGCGGAUUUCAGUAGAUGAUAUGAUUGAUGAAUGCAAAACUUUCUACCUUGCUGGUCAUGAAACAACUACUACUUUACUUACAUGGACUUGUCUACUUCUAGCCAUCAAUACCGAAUGGCAAGAUAAAGCAAGAAAGGAGGUGUUCGACUUACUCGGAGAAAACAAUCCAGCCCCUGAUGACAAUUCUAUAGGGAAACUCAAGAUUCUGAGUAUGAUCAUUAACGAAACUCUAAGGCUAUACCCACCAGUUGUUGCAGUUGUAAGAAGAGUUGCAAGAGAGGUUAAAGUAGGAAAUAGAAUUGUUCUUCCCGCAAACAUAGAACUAAGCAUUUCAACUGUAGCUGUGCAACAUGAUCCAGAGAUAUGGGGAGAAGAUGUUCAUCUUUUCAAACCAGAGAGAUUUGCAGAAGGGAUAGCAAAAGCCACAAACAACAACACGGCAGCAUUUCUUCCUUUCGGUUUGGGACCUCGAGUUUGUGUAGGUUCAAAUUUUGCCAUCACUGAAGCCAAGAUUGCUCUUGUCAUGAUUCUCCAGCGUUACCAUUUUACACUUUCACCUGCUUAUGUUCAUUCCCCAACGCAACGUAUCACUACUCGUCCCCAACAUGGACUUCAAAUCAUGCUGCACGCGCUAUAAAAGGGAAAUCAAAGUCGUCGUAAUUGAAAAAUCUGCAAUAUUUAUUUUGUUUAUUCGGUCAAUAUGCUGCAUCUGAUGCGCACUGGAAAUAUAGAAACAAUAUACAUACAAAACCGUCCAAUUUUAUGUAAUUUUUGGUUUCUUCCAAGUUUACAAACAUAGUGUUCUCUGUCA